GGAGUGCAAAUGAUGUCCCACAUGAAGCACAAUCACUGAACGGGCUUAACAAAAAAAGGGUCUUAAUGAAACCACUCUCUUGCAGCAAUAAUGUUGCUAGCACACAGGUUAGCCAGCUAGUGUUAUCACCGGUAUGUUAGCUAGCAAGACUCUGCUUGGCGAACUGCGGAGAAUGGUUGCCUCUUUGCAACCCUUAAUUUCUCUUUAUAAGCUCAAGCAUUUAUUAUUCAUGUUGUAUCGUGAGCCAACCAUCUAGGUAAGCCGAGCGGUUUUGUUUGGUUGAUGCUGAACAGUUAGUCGGACGACUAAACUUAGAUUUGAGGAGAGUUGUGGCCAUGGGCUAACAUUACCACACCAAAUGGACCCAUUGUGUCUUUCCACACGCACAUACCGGGUCCACAGAUUAGCAGGUUAUCUCCCGGGCAUCCCAGGUUAGUGUUUUCUCUGCGGUGCUCAUUCACUCCUAAGUUUGGAUGCUGGGACGUCAGCUCAUGACUUUAGUGCCAAUUUCUUUUUGGGCUCAUACCACACCUGCUCGGCCUACACAGCUCCGAAUAGCUUUCUACAAUGUGAUGUCAUCACUGGACUGUGUUGCAGUUUUCACUCACUUUCCCUCCCUUUCUUUUCCUUUUUGUCAACUUAAACUUGUUUUUUUUCUCUCUUGGUGCUAUGAUGUUCAUUCUGAUGAAAACCUAGAAGCUUCAUUUUUCACAGUGGAUUAGCAGCAUUUUGUGCUUCAGAGUGAUGCGGGAUGGACAGAGCUGGCCAAGUCGUGUAUCUGUCACAUGUGUGGCGCCCACCUGAACCGACUCCACUCUUGUCUCUACUGCGUCUUUUUCGGCUGUUUUACGAAGAAACACAUCCACGAGCACGCAAAAAACAAGAGACACAAUCUAGCGAUAGACUUAUUAUACGGUGGAAUAUAUUGUUUUGUGUGUCAAGACUACAUAUACGACAAAGACAUGGAGCAGAUUGCCAAAGAGGAACAGAGGAAAGCCUGGAAAUUACAAGGCAUAGGGGAGAAAUACACAACAUGGGAGCCUACCAAGAGGGAGCUAGAAUUAUUACGACACAAUCCAAAGCGGAGGAAAAUCACUACGAACUGUACCAUAGGUUUACGAGGGUUAAUAAACCUGGGCAACACAUGUUUCAUGAACUGUAUUGUUCAGGCCCUAACACACACACCGCUGCUGCGAGACUUCUUUCUUUCCGACAGACACAAGUGCGAGAUGCAAUCAAACUCCUGUCUGGUGUGUGAGAUGUCGCAGCUCUUUCAGGAGUUCUACUCGGGCCACCGCUCGCCCCACAUUCCCUUCCGGCUGCUGCACCUGGUGUGGACUCAUGCACGUCACCUCGCAGGCUACGAGCAGCAAGACGCCCACGAGUUCCUCAUCGCAGCCUUGGAUGUACUACACAGGCACUGCAAAGGGGACACCAUCAGAGAUGACAAUGGGAAGAAGGCCAACAAUCCAAACCACUGUAACUGCAUCAUUGACCAAAUCUUCACUGGGGGCCUGCAAUCAGAUGUUACUUGUCAAGUUUGCCAUGGGGUUUCCACGACGAUAGAUCCAUUCUGGGAUAUCAGUCUGGAUUUGCCUGGCUCAUCCACGCCUUUCUGGCCCCUGAGUCCUGGAGGGGAUGGCAGCACAGUCAACGGAGAGAGCCACCUGACAGGGUCCACCACGCUCACAGACUGCCUACGCAGGUUCACACGGCCAGAGCAUCUAGGAAGCAGUGCCAAAAUCAAGUGCGGCGGUUGCCAUAGUUACCAGGAGUCCACCAAACAGCUGACAAUGAAGAAGCUCCCCAUCGUAGCAUGUUUCCAUCUCAAACGGUUUGAGCACUCUGCUAAACUGCGGAGGAAGAUCACUACAUAUGUUUCCUUUCCUCUAGAGUUGGACAUGACGCCCUUCAUGGCAUCCAGUAAAGAGAGCAGAAUGAACGGGCAAUAUCAACAGACGGUUGAUGUUUUAAACAACGACAAUAAGUAUUCCUUGUUUGCGGUGGUCAACCACCAAGGCACAUUAGAGAGUGGCCACUACACCAGCUUCAUCCGCCAGCACAAAGACCAGUGGUUCAAAUGUGAUGAUGCCAUAAUCACCAAGGCCAGCAUUAAGGAUGUACUUGAUAGUGAAGGGUAUCUCUUAUUCUACCAUAAACAGUUCCUUGAGUAUGAGUAGUCUUUGUGACCACUGACCAUGAAGAACCACUGCUUCUAAUGAGAGAGUCAAGGGACUGGGGACAGUAUGAAACACAAACACACAAACCUACCUGAAACUCUUUGACUACCAGUCUGCUCCUCCAGCUCUGGAGGACAAAAAAAAAAAAAGACGUGUGAAAUCAUGCAACCUUUCAAAAGAAAAAAAAAAAAAAAACAAGCACUGAGCUACUUCUUGGCAUCUACUUGACAAAACUGAAUGAAGAGGAGAGAAGGAGGAAGAGUCAGGCGUCGUCAGUUCCAGGCUUGGGCAGAGGGAAGAGGCCCCACCCCCUCACUCUCUCACCCCUUCCUGCUGCAGGGGCAGAGUCUGAGCGUGACUGACUGUCAUGUCGAUUGGGCACAUCUGGAUUCUUAUUACAGUAUUCUGACCCCCCACCCCCACCCCACACGCACACGCACACACAAACACAAACACAAACACACACACACACACACACACACACCCUCCAUUUCUCUCCCAUGGUGCUCUCGUUUCAACUGACCAAGCAUUUAACUUGAUGGAAGACAGUUUGUUGUCAUAUGCAUACGGGACUGAACGCAAAAAAAUAAAAUAAAAUCAACGUAUUAUGAACUUUGCAAGAACAUUUUUAAAGCUAUGGUUAUGAUUCUUAUCAUUUGUGAUUUUAGUUAUGAAAUACUGUAUGAAUCUACAGUAGUAUACAUCUAUUUUUUAAGAGCAAAGAAAACAUGGGAGAGUGUAGAGACGCUGCCUUUGCCAGUUGCUGGGGAAGCGCUGCCAUGGAAACUAAACAGAUUUGGACCUGAGUGUGCUCAUGUUCCAUUAUUUACUGUGUUGUUUUAUUUUUAAGUCUGGUUGAGGGCAGGGAAUAUCUAUUUUUUUUAGCAACUCAUUGAAUUUUGAGAUUUUGUUUACUGUUCUUUUCAGUGUCUUUUUUUAAAAAAAAAAAAUUUCAGUACAGUCAUUAUGUCCCUCGCUGUCCUGGUACUGGAGAUGUUUUUGGACGUAUUAUACUUUCAUUCUUGUGGAAUUGUUGGUAUAAUGAUGGUGAAAAUUAAAUUGGCUCACCUUUGCUGUUUAUGAAUUGUAUGUUGAAUGUGAGCUUUGGGUUUCGUAUGGCAGUCUGAAGAGAAGACUCAAUACAUGAACUCCAGUUGAGGUCCUGUAUUAUGUGAGAAUGCUGUGGUCUCUGCUCAUUGAACACCUCGAAUGCUCUGUGCAAAAAAGAAAAAAAAAAAAAAAGCCCAAUUUAACAACACUGCAUGCAACUGGGCUCUAAUAAUUUUAUAUGUGAAAAUUUGCCCUCAGUAAUGCCUCAAGGCCUGCCGCCCAUCAUGAUAUUUGUUCUGUAGUUUGGGGAUGGGAAAGUGAUCGUAUGGGAUAUAUAGAGGGUAAAACACAUUGCACGUACAUGGGCACUGUGCGACCACAGCCUGGCUCUGAAUCCAUCAGUGUUAUCUUCUCCAUGGCAACUGUGUGGCUGGUGUAGACCGCUGUGGUUCGUGGUGUGUCUUGCCUCUGCAGUGCAGUAAACCCAGUGCUCUAUUCAAUCAGUAUGCUGUCAAGUCAGACUUUAGAUAAUGCACAUACACAUCAGGGUGUUGUGGUCUGUUUUGUUUGAAUAUCACUUGAUUGUGUAUGUAUUAAAAAACUGAAUAAAAAAAAAAUAUCCACUCAUGUAUAAGAUGAGGGCCCUAACCUAUCACAAAGUAAUGCCACAUACAAACCACAACCCCUGGUUGUUUAGCUGCUCUGUAAUUGAAAACAAACAUGCAUAUCCUUUGGUCUGCUGCAGAACCUCGGCUAGAGGGCAACGUGGGUUUCUGAACAGUCAAACUUGUGAAAUGGUCGCACUAUGGUUUUGAUGUAUCAUGGAGCAGUUAAGGCCACCCAAGGACAUUCAGGGACGCAGCUGAAACGAAGAGGAGAGCUUCAUUAUCCGUUUCAGUAAUUAAACUCAGAACAAAACUGGAA